AUGGCUUCGCCGACAUCAGAAACCAGCAAUCCGGUAUACUUCUGGAGACCAGAAGGCGAAUACGGAUUCCUAGGACAAUGGUGGCCAUCAUCAUUCUCAUGGAAAAACGGCGAUGAAGAAUUUACCUACGCAAAUGCAGAACAACACAUGAUGCACCGCAAAGCCCUCCUCUUCGCCGGCCCAAGCCACCCAAUAACCCACCAACUCCAAAAAGCCUGGAAACUAGAACCCGGCACAAUUCGCGACCUUGGUCGCCAAAUACCCGAUUUCUCCGAACAGAUGUGGCAGCAAAACAGAUACGCAAUUGUGCUAGAAGGCAACUAUCUCAAAUUCUCGCAGAAUGGUGAUCUUAGACGAGAAUUACUUGCCACUGAAGAUAGGGAGUUGGUUGAAGCGAGUCCGAGGGAUAGGAUAUGGGGUGUAGGAUUUGGGGCGGCGUAUGCGAGUGAGAAUCGGAGGGAAUGGGGGUUGAAUUUGUUGGGGAAAGCGCUUAUGGAGACGAGGGAGAGGUUGAGGAGGUGA